UCCCAUUUUUCCUCACCCAAACAAAUAUAAACGAAAUCUAGAUAGAAAAAGAAUGGAGGCCAUUUCUUCAAAGGUUCUCAUCACAUCCCUUCUCAUAAUUCUUGCUUCUAGUUUGACCACACACUGUGAAAGAGCAUACCAAGAAGCGAGCACAGCGUUCAUCAGAACGUCUUGUAGUUCCACAACUUAUCCAAGACUCUGCUACAGCUCCCUAGUGAAGCAUGCAGACUUGAUCCAAACAAAUCGUGUGGUUUUAACAGGCACAGCCCUUAACGUGACUCUUGCAUCUACGAAAUCAACGUCAGCAAUGAUGUCAGCGCUGGCAAAGAGCCGAGGGCUGAAGCCAAGAGAGGUAGCAGCGAUGAAGGACUGUGUGGAGGAAUUGGGUGACUCAGUGGAUGAACUCAGAAGGUCUAUUGCUGAGAUGAGUCAUCUUGGACCCUCCGAUUUUGAGAUAACAAUGAGUGAUGUGCAAACAUGGGUGAGUGCUGCUUUGACAGAUGAAAGCACGUGCACUGAUGGAUUCCAAGAGAAUGCCUCUGAUGGUUCAGAUAUUAAGACAACCGUGAGAGGGAGAGUUGUUCAGGUUGCCCAAUUGACUAGCAAUGCAUUGGCUUUGAUUAAUCAGCUUGCCAACUCACAUGGUUAAUACCUCACUUUCAAACUCCACUACAUACGUGUUGUUUGUCCUGUUACCCGAUCAGAACUGCAACAUGCGUAAAACAUUAACGCAUGUUAUCAAAGUAAAUUUCUGAUUUUGAUGCACCAAUAGUAUUUAUGGUAUUGUAUUUAAGUUUUAUGAUAGCUAUUUUUGUAUAGUUGCCAAAAAUUAAUGGCAACUGUGCUGUGGUUGUUUUUAUACUGCUUGUCUCAAGUUUUGUGAUCCUGGUUCCCUGGCUCGUAAACUCCUCAAGUUAAAUGCUCUUCAAUGCUGCAACUUGGUGUUCAAGUGUGAAAUGGUGUAAAUACGUAAUAAUUAGUUGAGAUUUAUGUUCCCGCUACUUUUAAACUGUUUAUGUCUCGUGCAGCUAGCGGGUGAAUUAAUUCUAGUGCUGUGAAUUAGUAAAAAUUUUGUACUGUCUUUUCA